AUGCGGGAAACCAGGCCUCCAGAUCGCGCAGCAACAAAUAAACCAUUUGUGUUCUCCACCUUGUUUGAUGGUUCUGAUGUUUUCUGUCAAUCUAUAGUUUUGUCUCAAAGUUUGGACAUAAGUUAUGGAGGAAUUGAGGUCACCCAAGGGAAAUCUCUCACUUGCCAGCAAACAGCAAGCACACCACGAAUUCAAAUCACUGGACAAUCUGAUCAAGACAAUCUCUACUCGCUUCUAAUGAUCGAUCGCCAAGCGUCCAGAUUCCCUGGCGCUCCGCAGGAGACUUACGUUCACUACUGGGUUGGCAACAUUCCAGGGACGCGCUUUCUUAACGGGGAUCCCUUUGAGAUGUACGUGAGGCCGUCUCCGCACGAUCUCAUACAACACACCUACGAGUUUUUGCUAUACUCACAGCAGCAGCCGAUCGCAGGUCGCUUGCCGGACAGGUUUGUCCUGGACUUCGAUAGUCUAGUGUCAGAAAAUCAUCUUACAAGCUUAGUUACACAAACGUCUUUUGUUCUGGAGCUCCAUGUAAAUCCAGGAACAGGGGGUUACUCUUGCUAG